UUUACAUGUGAGUGCAUCUCGAGGAAUCGCCCAUGAUCUAUGACAAAAUCGUAUACAGUCCUUUCGGAAACUCAAACACAUGAUACCUUAAGUGGAAGAUCCCCACCUACCCUGGAUCUUUUUAGCUUCUCUAUAUAACUCCUUCCCAUCUAUUCUGCUCCCUCGCUCUCGUCUUUCUCUCUCAUUCGGUAAAUUCAGUUUCAAAGCUUCCCUGCUGCUUCUAAGGAUUUGGGAUCAUCUUCAAGAUCACACAUUCUCAGAAGCUUAGUGGUGGAGUGCCUGUGAGCAAGACAGAAGAACAAAAAUGGAAAAGGCUCUAUUAGAUAAGAACAUAGAGGUGGCAAACGAAGAGGAUUUACACAUAACAUGGCGUGUGUUUGCUAAAGAAGUCAAAGAGGUUUGUUGUGUUGCAGGGCCUAUGGUGACUGUGAAUGCUUCGACCUUCUUUCUGCAAACCAUCACUCUGAUGAUGGUGGGUCACUUGGGUAAACUUGCUCAAUCCAGCACUGGGAUUGCCAUCUCUCUCUGUGCAGUCACUGGCUUCAGCGUCAUUUUCGGAAUGGCUACUGCACUUGAAACUUUAUGCGGGCAAGCCUAUGGGGCCAAGCAAUAUAAGAAGUUUGGUGUUCAAAUAUACACCGGCAUCUUCUGUCUUCUUUUAUGUUGUCUUCCUCUCUGCGUGUUGUGGCUUAACUUGGGUAAGCUAUUGGUUUUGCUUGGUCAAGACCCUAUAAUUGCACAUGAAGCUGGCAAAUUUGCAGUUUGCUUGAUUCCUUCUCUCUUUGGUUACGCAAUACUUCAAGCUCUGGUUCGAUACUAUCUUAUGCAGAGUUUGAUCAUUCCUCUUCUACUCUCUUCUUCAUUUACUAUCUGCUUCCACAUAGCUUUCUGUUGGACAAUGGUUUUUAAAUCUGGUAUGGGUCGCUUUGGAGGAGCCUUUGCUAUUGGUGCUUCAUAUUGGUUGAAUGUGAUCUUACUUGCGUUAUAUAUGAAAUUCUCCGGUUCAUGUGCAAAGACUCGGGUUCCAAUUUCCAUGGAACUUUUCCAAGGCACUGGAGAGUUCUUUCGCUUUGCUAUUCCCUCUGCUAUAAUGGCAUGCCUCCAAUGGUGGUCAUACGAGUUAACUACUUUGCUUGCUGGUCUUCUACCAAACCCACAGCUUGAAACUUCAAUCUUAGCCGUAUGUGUAUCAAUGAACAUUACAAUCUAUUCGAUACCAGAAUCAAUUGGCUCCGCAGCAAGUGCACGAGUUUCAAAUGCAUUAGGAGCCGGGUGUCCGCAAGCAGCACGGGUGUCUGCCUUAUGUUCAAGGAUUCUGGCAACUUGUGAGGCUCUAAUAGUGAGCUCAAUUGUCUUUGCGAGUCGGAAUGUUUUGGGUAAUGUUUUUAGCAAUGAGCCAGAUGUAUUGGAAUAUGUCACAAAAAUAGCUCCUCUGUUAGUUGUAUCUGUCUUUGUGGACUCCUUACAAGGGACCCUUACAGGGAUUGCCAGGGGAAGUGGAUGGCAGCACAUUGGGGCAUAUGUGAAUUUCGGAACUUAUUAUAUUGUUGGCAUUCCACUUGCUGCAAUAUUGGGUUUCUGGGUAGACAUGAGAGGAAUAGGCCUUUGGAUUGGAAUAACAACUGGUACACUUUGCCAAGUGAUCGUGCUAUUGAUCAUAAUAAGCUGUACGGAUUGGAUGAAGGAGGCAAGGCGGGCUAGGGAGAGGACAUUGCAAAGAGCUUUGGCAGAAGAACAAAGUGUUUUCGUGUGAGCAAUCGGAGUGUAGUACUUAUACUUGUUGGGCCAAUUAUCAACCUCUUUGUGCAAAGUGAGAGAUAUAUGGACAAUAAUAAAGAUUGGGGGGAUGCACCAAAAAUAAAAAAAUAAAGAUUUUUUGGGGGGGGGGGGGUUCAUGCUUUCAUACCAACGAUGCUUAAAAUGUCUCCAUCAAGCUGUAAGGUUGAAACUUGAAUCCAAGGCCCCAAGCACUAGUGUCAUUUGGGCAAUGCAGCUAGAUCUAUCAACAUCAAUUCGCAUUGGUUUUUUUCUUGAUCAAA